UGCGCGUGUUAAAAUCGACGAGGGAGAAGCUUUACAUGUGGACUGGCUGCUGCCAACACAACGUUUAGCUUGUUUAUAACCUGAUAUUACAAAUUAUUUACUCGUCUUCAGACACAGACACGCGCACAGGGAGAACCAUGGCAUCCAGCUGUCGACGGCCUGAGCACACAGCUCCUCCAGAUGUGUUCUACAAUGAAGAGGAGGCAAAGAAAUACUCUCAGAACUCUCGGAUGAUUGAGAUCCAGACCCAGAUGUCAGAGAGAGCUGUCGAGCUUUUGAACCUGCCGGAGGGACAGCCAUGCUUCCUGCUUGACGUGGGGUGUGGCUCUGGUCUCAGUGGAGACUACCUGUCAGAGGAGGGACACUACUGGGUAGGAGUCGACAUCAGCAACGCAAUGCUGGAUGUUGCACUGGACAGAGAAGUAGAAGGAGACCUUUUACUGGGGGACAUGGGUCAGGGGAUGCCUUUCCGACCCGGCACCUUUGACGGUUGCAUCAGUAUUUCUGCCCUGCAGUGGCUCUGUAAUGCCGACAAGAGGACACAUAGUCCUCCAAAGAGACUCUAUACCUUCUUUACUACUCUCUACUCUUCUCUGUCAAGAGGCUCACGUGCAGUUUUUCAGCUUUAUCCAGAGAACUCAGAACAGCUUGAGCUGAUCACAUCGCAGGCCAUGAGGGCAGGUUUCAGUGGAGGCAUGGUGGUGGACUACCCCAACAGCAGCAAAGCUAAAAAGUUCUUCUUGUGUCUUUUCGCUGGAGUUACAGGAGUCCUUCCCAAAGGAUUAGGAUCAGAAACUUCAGACAAAGCUGUUUCAAACCAGGUCCAGUAUUCAGGACAAAGAUGUCGGUUCAAAAACAUGAAAGGCAAAUCAGCGAAGAAGGGACGAGAUUGGAUCUUGGAGAAGAAGGAGAGGAGGAGGAGACAGGGGCGGGAGGUUAGAGCCGACACAAAAUACACUGGACGUCAGAGGAGACCUCAUUUCUAGCUCUGACUCAUGCAGCUGUGCCUUCAUUGGCACUCGUCUGCGCCGCACACAGUCAGCCACCUCUGGAGCUGCAGAGUGUUUGGGCUCAACUCUUUAAUUCAAGUGGAUGAGAGAGAGUGAAAUGCUAUUACGGUCAAUCAUUUUUGUAUAUUUGGUUGAGUCUUCACACGGUGGUAAGAUGGCACUCUCCGUGUUCUUGUCAGCUGGAACAUACCAAGUACGUGUGCAGACAUGCACUGCCCACUGGUGACAUAGAAUUUUUAUAGAUUAUGAAAUGUCAUUCUCCAUUUCUGAUCAGCCGUUUAUUGUUUUAUCUACAAUAUUUUCUCAAUUAAAACUAAACAAAAAAAGAGAGAUUUUUAUUGAUUUAUUGAUUUUAUUUUAUAAUUUUUGUCCAGAAUGUAAAACAUGUAAAAGAAAUUGAACAACUUCCAUGAAUUUGUGAAACUUCAGUCUCACAAUCCAGUGCUACAAAAACUAUUCUGUAAAGGGGAUACGCAAAAUGACACAUGUAGUGCAUAUACAAUACUUGUGUGUAAUUGUGUAUGAUGUUCCUGAACAAGCUGGCAGUUCAUUAAAUUAAUGAAAAUUAUAAAAAGAGGAGAUACAGUAAGUAGAACUGUAAAAUAGAAUAAAAUGACAUAGACUAUCUAUACUGCCAAACAA